AUGUGCUUCUAUGUGUUGUUCUCCUCCGGCGAGGGAUACCGCUGGUUCACAACGUUCCAGAAUUACUUGCUCAUAUUAGGAGCAACAGGAGCAGCGGCUGCACUGCCUUUUCUCGAUGUUCCUUCUACCAGCAUAUUUGUCGCAUUCACUGGGUGGUCUUUCUAUGCAAUGUUAGUGAAUGUGCACUACUGGCGGUUCAAGCUCUGGAGUCGACACAUCAUUCCGGUGAAUACCCCGUUGUUGUUACUUUUUCUCUGGGAGGUUUGCAGAGUAUUUGUAAAGGGAGGCGAAGAGUUCUGA